CUUGUAAUUUUUUAGGAAACUAAUGCAAAUUUGGAUGAAGUAAUUGCCCUUGCGAAGCAACUUCAGAAGGGAAAUAAUAUCCGGCCGUUAUGGGGCACAGCGCAACUUUUCAUGCACCCUCGUUACUUGCAUGGUGCUGCCACGAGCUCUGAGGUUGGAGUUUAUGCUUUUGCUGCAGCUCAAGUCAAGAAAGCCAUGGAGGUCACACACUAUCUUGGAGGAGAAAAUUAUGUUUUUUGGGGUGGUCGAGAAGGGUAUCAAACUCUCUUGAACACUGAUAUGAAAAGAGAACUUGACCACUUGGCAAAUUUUCUUCAAGCUGCUGUUGAUUGGAAGAAGAAGAUCGGUUUUACCGGUACAAUUUUAUCUUUAUUUUUAAUUUUUUAGUU